GCUGCCUUCACACUCCUUAUAUGGAGAGGAAUCGGUCCCGCGACCAGGGCGGAAGCGCGGCGCGGUGGCUGCUGGGAAAUCUCAGCGACCAGGAAGAAGCGAGCGAACCCCUCGGUACCAACGGACCCAAACACUGCUCCACCCGCCUAGCAGGUAUGGCAGAAUUAUCAAGUCUGGUUCAGAGGCUGGAGGCAGCCGUGGGUCGUCUGGAGGUCAUGUCGGGAUCAGGAGGCGGCUCUGGAGCCUCUGCUGGGGGGGCCGUGUCGGCCUACGUGGAGGCCUUUGAUGUGAUCGUCAGCGGUCCCGUGGCCCAGUACGUGUCCCUCAGCCAGCAGAUCGGAGGAGACGUCCAGAAGCACGCGGACAUGAUGAAGCAGGCGUUCUCGGAUCAGAGAAAGCUCCUCGUCACGGCUUCAUCCUCCCAGAAACCCUCAGAUGCGGUCCUGACGACUCUCCUUCAGCCGGUCUCCAAGGCCAUCCAGCAGGUCCAGGCCUUCCGCGAGCAGAACCGGACCUCCCCGUUCUUUAACCACCUGUCUGCCGUCAGCGAGAGUGUUCCCGCCCUCGGAUGGGUCGCCAUGGCUCCAAAACCCGGACCCUACGUCAAAGAGAUGCAGGACGCCGCCAUGUUCUACACCAACCGGGUCCUCAAGGACUACAAGGAGAAGGACAAGACCCAUGUGGACUGGGUCAAGGCCUACGUCUCCAUCUGGACCGAGCUGCAGGGCUACAUCAAAGAGCACCACACCACCGGGCUGACCUGGAGCAGCACGGGUGUCAUGGCUUCUGCCUCGGCUGCUCCGCCCAGCGCUCCAGGAGGCGGGUGUCCGCCCCCCCCUCCCCCCGGACCUCCUCCCCCCCCUCAGGACCUGAGCGGACCCACGGGAGGCGACUCGGGAGCAAGCAACCGCAACGCCCUGUUUGCCUCCAUCAACAAGGGCUCUGACAUCACCAGAGGUCUGAAGCACAUCAGCGACGACCAGAAGACCCACAAGAACCCCACCCUGAGGAACCAGGGCGCUGCGGUGCGGCCCGGUCCAAAACCCUUCUCCUCUUCCCCUCGACCCACUGGACCCGCCGCCUCGACUCGCACGCUGCCGCCGGUUCUGGAGCUGGAAGGGAAGAAGUGGAAAGUGGAGAACCAGGAGGGAGCCCAGAACCUGGUGAUCAGCAACACGGAGCUCAAACAGGUGGUGUACGCGUUCAAGUGCAACCAGAGCACCCUGCAGGUCAAAGGCAAGAUCAACUCCAUCACCAUUGACAGCUGCAAGAAGAUGGGUCUGGUGUUUGAUGAUGUCGUGGGCAUCGUGGAGGUCAUCAACUGUAGGGAUGUCAAGGUUCAGGUGAUGGGAAAGAUCCCGACCAUCUCCAUCAACAAGACGGACGGCUGCCAUGUUUACCUGAGCAAAGACUCUCUGAGCUGUGAGAUCAUCAGCGCCAAGAGCUCCGAGAUGAACGUCCUGGUGCCCAACAAGGACGGAGAGUUUACGGAGCUUCCUGUCCCCGAGCAGUUCAAAACCAUCUGGGAUGGCCAGAAGCUGGUUACCACGGCAACGGAGAUCGCUGGCUAGAUGGAAAGUCCUCUCCUUCCUUACUGACCCCACCCCUGCUGUAGAUGGACCUCAUGAGUUAACCCCACCCCCUCCUUAUCAGCCAAUCACAGCUGUAGCUGUUCCUUUGUUAGCCAAUGAGAGGGCUGCCUGCUCUCUGGAGCAGAUCCUCUAGCCAAUGAGCAGCGAGCAGCUUCUUGUCUAAUUGGUGUUUACCUGCGGAUUCACCUGAGCUAAGCUAUUAGAUCCUCAGCAGCCAGGCGCCUCCGUUGGGACGCAUCUUCCUCACCAGGGUUCUGAUCAUUUGGUAACUUGUGUUCUAGCGGGCCGACCCGACCCGACAGUAACUUCCAGAUUCCACACACAGAACAUUCCCGAGUGUCAAACAUUCCACAUCAGCGAGGAUUCACCUGGACAGCCAGUCACAUGUGAUCUGUCAGCGUCUUUAUUUUGGGCCCAGCAGCAGAAACAUGAGAUCAUUAAAACGUUGCAAUAAAA